CUCGGAUUCGCCGCACUUACAACUGCCGGCUGCAUGCAGAGCAGCAAACUGCAGCGGUUAUACAGACCAGUGGUCUGCCGAACUGCCAAUGAUGAGUCAUCAUCUGGAGCCACUAUCACUCAACAAUAUGGCCACCACGACUGCGCAACAAACUACGCGCAGCACAGGAGGCCGCCUACGGGCAGCUACCAAUAUGCAGCGCGGAGCCACUUCAUCGGUGGACACCGCUACAAAGGGAUCAUCGCACGCCUGCGACUUUUGCGGGCAUGGCGGGCCCGACGGACCCGGCACACCUUUGUUCAGCCUUGUGCAGAACUCCGGCGUCAACUCAACGUUAAGCCACGUAGCUGUAGCCGACCAUUCAUCAUACCUUCAUCAGGGCUUACAAGCCGGGGAGGAACAUUCGACAACGUGGACCAAGGUUUCUUUCAGAGCCGUGGCACCAAGAAAUCCUCGGCCGCCAUCCUGGCCGACUCCUUGGGCUGCGGCGAUGACCUGGCUCCACGACUUUCCAGCUGGGUGAACACUACGACAGUGGAGGUGGAAAUGGUGAUCAGCAACCAGAUCACCAGCGGUGGAACAACGGUCAGCCACGAGUGCUGCGGGUCAGAGCUUCGCACCUUGGUUGAUGGCUGCCCUUCCGAUUUUUCAUCGCCGAUCUGCUCCUCUUCGUAGGCGUCAUCACCUGCACGGGACCUUGGGCACAUGCCAGCUGACGAAUCUUGCAGCGCCAUGAGUCUUGCAUCCGUGGAUGCCACCAUCUCCAUGCUCCAGCAUGAAGAAUGCCAUGCUGUAUAAGAAACAGGAAGUGAAGUGAUCCACUAAGCAUACUUCCAAGGACAAAGUUUACUUGCGAAAUUCUGUAAUUGUGGAGACGCACUGACUCACAUGACACGGUGUCUGUAAAUAAACAAACAAUGUGUUCUAGUGGCGUAUGUGUGCCUAUUCACUUCAAUAUUUAGUGCUGAUUAUUUUCAAAUUCAACAUAAUAAUAGUUUAAAUAGUGCAAUGGUCCUGUUCACCUUUCAAACCAACGGGCCGCAAUGUACCCUGCGUUUAUCAUGUUGACGGUUAACAUUCAAGCAAGGGAUGGGUCGUGUGAUUCCUCUAGAAUGAAAAAAAAAAAUGUUCGCAUCUGCUGAAAAAGGAAAAAAAAAAGAGCAUCCUGGUGAUGGUGCAGAGCAAACAUCAACGUUUCCUUUGCUUUAGACGAACAGGUCGAGGAUUCGUGACGCGUAUGCGGUUAAUCGCGCGUAGAGUAGCCAGAAAGAAAACGGCCCUAAACGUUGCAAUUAACCUGAGCUUUCCUAUCUGGGAGCAGAAACUUCGUUAUCAAAUGUAUUCUGAACAACGGUGCGCAUCUGUGGCCGCAGAUAUGCGGGCACCUGCAGGGGAAGCCCGUAAUUCUGAGAAAGGAAAGCACGAAUGACGGCAAGAAGAAUACAAAAGUUGAAAACCGCUCACAUCUUUCCUCGUUAGUCAAUUCCUCCGGUUCGCCGGUGUCGAACAUGUCAACAAGAUUGUCGUUGUUGUCCUCCUGAGUGGCUGUGGCGCAUACCCACAAUGCGGGAUUGGCCAUGAAUCGGGUGGUUAAAUUAUAUCUAUAAAAAACAAGGGAAUUCACAAUUCAAACGUUGGAGCAGAAAAAGUGAAAAUUUUUUGUGUGGGAAAAAACCAAUCAGAAGAAAACCGUGCGUAAAAAUAUCAAAUAAAUAAAUAAAUAAACAAAUAAAUA